AGUGGACUCCACCCAUCUGUUCGACUCGGCUCUGUUCCGGGAAAUGUUCUUCUGCAACGCAGAGUCUCGCGGGGUCCAAAUCCCGUUCUAAAGUCCCACUUACGACUCGUUUUCCACGACACGAAAGAGCGACUUUAAGUUUCCAACUACCCGCGUGACAAUAACCUCGGCAAGAUGUCCAAAUCAGACUACCCUCCGAGUUACGAUGAAUCCCAUGUCCCACCUUAUGCACCACAGGAUGGGAAUUACCCAGCACCUCCAGCAUAUGGCUUCCCUUCUUUUGGCGGACCUCAGCCAGGCCAGCCUCCUGCUCCUUAUCCCACCGGGCCAAACACUCCUCUUUACCCAGGUCAGCCACAGGGCUAUCCCCCUGGUCCAUACCCAGGACAGCCAAAUCCUGCUGGGCCCCCAGGAGCCGGCUAUCCCGGUCAGCCCCCAAUGCCUCCCAUCAUCCCACCUACCAUGCCUUCGGAUGUUUUGAGCUCUGAUGAUGAUUUUGCUGCGAGGGGAAGCGAUUGGGAUAGUUUGAGCGUUCGGCACGCUUUCAUCAGAAAGGUCUAUUUGAUUCUGGCUUUGCAACUCCUUGUAACAACAGCCAUUGUGGCCGUAUUCACUUUUGUCCAUCCGGUCAGGAUGUUUGUACAGCGGAACCAGGCUAUCUACUGGGCAUCAUAUGCUGUGUACUUCAUUACCCACCUUGUUUUGGUUUGCUGCAAGGGCCCCCGGAGGAAGUUUCCAUGGAACCUGAUAUUGCUCUCCAUUUUUACCCUGGCUCUUUCCUAUAUGGCUGGUUCCAUAUCGAGUUACUAUGACACAUCGGCAGUCUUUCUUGCUUUGUCCAUCACUGUUGUCGUCUGCAUCGCUGUCACAGUCUUCUGCUUCCAGACCAAGGUGGACUUCACCAAAUGCCGGGGCUUCUUCUGUGUGCUUGGGAUUGUCGUCUUUGUGACCGGCAUCAUCACCGUAAUCGUGCUGUCUUUCAAAUAUAUCUACUGGCUUCACAUGCUCUACGCUGCUAUCGGAGCCAUAGCGUUCACUCUGUUCUUAGCGUACGACACACAGCUCCUCAUCGGCAACAGGAAGUACUCCAUCAGUCCAGAGGAAUACGUAUUCGGUGCUCUUUCCCUUUAUGUCGACAUUGUGCAGAUUUUCCUUUUCCUGCUGCAAAUUUUUGGUUCAAGCAAAUAAGACUGUUAGGGCACACAAGCAGUCACAUCAAUGGAGCUGCAGCAAAAACUAUCCCGUGCUUUUUUUUCCCCCCCAAUAUAACUUUAGAAUGUUUAUCACGUUAAUCAUGCUGCACUAAAUUGCUGUUACGUAAGGGCUGAACUUGAGAUUUUGUCACUGUGCAAGACAUUCCGAUACACUCGCAUAUAAUGGUUUUUUUCUACAUUUAUACAAAGUAGUAUUACAGUAUCCAAAUGUUGCCAUUCUUUCUUGAAGUAAACAGCAGACUAUUUUAUAUAUGUAUGUUAUCUACAUGCACUUGUGUAGUGCUACAAUGUCUCCAUUAUGCCUGUUGAUGUUUUGUUGGGUUCUACUUGUAACUGUUCCACACUAGUUUGAAUUGUGCUAUCAUGAGGAUUGGUUGACUGGAAUAGUUACGGAGUUAGAUCCAUUAAUUACUACUGUAUAUUUUUUGGGGACCUGUGUAUUUUUGCCAGUCUGUUAUAUCCUGUUCUAAUACAAAAUGUUUUUCAACAAAUUUAUCCACAUACAGUCUGCAAUUUUACACCGUAUGGGGUAGGGCAGGGGUCACCAACAUGUUGUCCAUGGGCAAAAGCGGGCCCAAGGCCUGUUAAAACCUUGCUGAUCAGAAAUGGGACAUCGAAUGUUCUUAGUAUUGUUGUAGAAAUUAGUAUUAGAGAAUGUAUUUAUAGAAAUACUGGAAUAUUUACGUUCCCCACCUUGUUAAAACAUUGUAAAAUACUAAGAAAUUAACAUGAGGGUGCCAUCACAGAGCAGGGGUGUCCAAAUUGCUUUCAGAAAAAUCAAAGGAUGCAACAGCUUAAUCCUUCCACUUUGAUUUGUUAAACACAAUAUAUAUUGUCCUAUUAUACAACACUAAUAUGUAUGUAUGUAUGUAUGUAUUACACACAGUAUAAAUACAGUGCCCUCCAUAAUUAUUGGCACCCCUGGUUAAGAUGUUUUUUAGCGUCUAUUUUUUUUUUUUAAUUGAAAUAAUAUGGGACCUUAAUGGAAAAAAAGAGAAAAAUCCAACCUUCAAUAUAAGUGCAUUUAUUCAGUGGGGAAAAAAAGCUCUGGGGACUGAGAUGGUCAUGGGAGGAGCUAGAUUUUGUGUCUGGUGAACCUUUUCUGUGUAGAUUUGGCCAUAUGUUUAGGGUCAUUGUCUUGCUGAGAGACCCAGUGACGACCCAUCUUCAGCUUUCGGGCAGAGGGCAACAGAUUUUGAUUUAAAAUGUCCUGGUAUUU